AUGCAAGCUGAACGCAUGGUGAAAAGAAGUAAGCGUAUCUUUGCACCCGUACAAGUCGGCGACAAUGUGACUAUAUCUAUCCCCCAUGUUGACAGAGGUAGAACUGAUCCACGGAAUAUCAUUGGUGUUGUAACUGAAUGCAGUGACAAUGACAUGUACAGUAUUGCUGUGAAAGGUGGCACUCUCAGUGGUAAAUAUUCACGCAACCAAAUCGAUGUGUGUGCUACCAAGUUGUAUUCUGCAGAUGAUUUCAACACAGAGAAUACCGUUUCUCUCCGCCAAGCUGUUCAACUUGAAUCUAACUGUGGUGGGCAGGGUUUUACCAAGUGCAACUGUGCUGGUUCCAAGCGUUGUCAAACUAAUCGUUGCCGGUGUUUCAAGGCCAAGAUGCAGUGCAACUCUAGGUGUCACUCAAGACUGCCGUGUACAAAUAAACUCUCCUAA